AACCCCAUCAAAGCGAUAGGUGGGCGGUAGGGCCCAGGAAGAGGGAGGGGUGGGCAGCGGGUAAGAGCGCCUCUCCGGGAGCCGAGAACCCUGUGAAGUUCCCGCGAACUCAGCGCACACUGCGGAGACGCGUCUACCGGACUUGGGAGGUGGAAGAAGACCUGGGCGGUGCUCUACCCGGCUAGUCCCCACGGCGUAGCGCGCCUCGAGUUCUUUGACCACAAGGGGUCGAACUCUGGGGGCCGAGGGAGCACGCGCCGCCUGGACUGCAAGGUGAUCCGUCUAGCCGAGUGUGUGAGCGUGGUGCCGGUGGCCGUGGAGAGCCCCCCUGAGCCUGGAGCCACCGCCUUCCGCCUGGACACCUUACAGCGCUCCCAUCUGUUGGCGGCCGACGCGCCUUCCAGCGCCGCAUGGGUGCAAACGCUGUGCCUAAAUGCCUUUCCGAAAGGUAACUGGGCUGUGGCGCCUACUGAGAACCCACCCAAACUUUCUGCCCUGGAAAUGCUGGAGAACUCGCUGUAUAGCCCCACCUGGGAAGGAUCCCAGUUCUGGGUGACCAUGCAGAGGACUGAAGCCUCUGAGCGCUGUGGCCUGCAUGGCUCCUAUGUGCUGAGGGUGGAGGCUGAGAAGCUGACUCUCCUGACUGUGGGAACCCAGAGUCAGAUACUGGAGCCGCUCCUUUCUUGGCCCUAUACUCUGUUGCGUCGCUAUGGCAGAGACAAGGUCAUGUUCUCAUUUGAGGCUGGUCGGCGCUGCCCCUCUGGCCCUGGAACCUUUACCUUCCAGACGGCACAGGGAAAUGACAUCUUUCAGGCAGUUGAGACUGCUAUCCAUCAACAGAAGGCCCAAGGCAAGGCUGGUCAGGGGCAGGAUGUGCUUAGAGUUGAUUCCCAUGAAGAAGUGGCAGAGAGGAAGCUGGCUUCUCACCCUGGUGCCCAGGAGCUCCCAGACAGCCCUCCAGCCCUAUAUGCUGAACCCUUAGACUCCCUGCGAGUUCCUCCAGGUCCUUCCCAGGAUUCUCUAUACUCAGAUCCUUUGGACAGCACCCCUGCUCAGGCAGGGGAGGGGGUACAGUCAAAGAAAACUCUCUAUUGGGACUUGUACGAGCAUGUGCCACAGCAGUUGAUGAAUGCCAAGUUGAAGGACCCCAAAGAGGACCCCAUUUAUGAUGAACCUGAGGGCCUGGCCCCAGCUGCUCUCCGGGGCCUUUAUGAUCUACCUCAGGAGCCGAAGGAUGCAUGGUGGUGCCAGGCUCGAGCGAAGGAGGAAGGCUAUGAACUCCCCUACAACCCCGCUACUGAUGACUACGCGGUGCCUCCCCCUCGGAGCACAAAGCCAGUCCCAGCUCCCAAGCCCCAGGGCCUGGCCUUCCCUGAGCCUGGUGCAACUGGCAGUGGCAGCAAAGGCCACAGCCCAGACACUGCCCUGUACAGCCAGGUCCAGAAGAACAGGGCCUCAGGGAGCUGGGACUGUGGGCUCUCUAGAGCAGAGCUUGAGAGGACUGGGGUCAAGUCAGAGGGUUCCACAUGAGAAGUAGGGCAAGGCUGGGGUUGCUGAUAGGAGAACCAUGGAGAGAUGGCAUUGGGGGAAAUCAAAGAAACCUAUUAGAACCAGUGGGAACCAGAGGGCUGGAGGGGCCUGUGUGAGACUAGGGGACCAGAAAGAUCAGGGGAGUCAAGGGAAGAAUGAUUAAUUCCCAGAAAUCCUGGAAGUGCGACAGAUGGCAGAGGCUCAGGGAUGGCACCAGGGGAGGUCAGCAUCCCUAAGUCAUUCCCCCAAAGGAAUGGGCAGUUGCUGGACCAGGUCUAUGGAAAGGAUUCUUGAUCAGAGUAGUACAGCUGGGGGGGCCUGCAUGGAGGCUGUAGGGUGAUGCUGGACUGUGCCUGGAUCCUUUCCCCUGCAUUGCUGUUGGUUUGUUUUUUGUUUUUUGCCAGAGGUUUAUUUUUUAAAAAGUUUUAUUCUCAUUAAAGUCAUUUUGGGUUUAAGAG